AUGGUCGCUUUUAAGCUGUUUGUGAGGCACUUGUAUGAGAUCGCCAAAGUGAAGCAAUCUGACCCAUACUGCCAGCAUGAUGCUUGUGGUUUGGAGGUUGUUGGGUACCUUAACAGCAAGCAGGCGGCACUGUUCAAAAGAAUGAUUUGGGAAGCAAUGAACAAGGACUAUGAUAAGGGAAAGAGUAGAAAACGAGUCAAAAUGGCCAAAAAAACUGAUCCUGCUAAAAAGCCAAAAAAGGCUGUCAAAGUUUCUACUGUGACGGAUACUAAGAAUGGUUAUGCACCUGCAUUUGAGGAAGGCACAAAGUCUAAUUGUGGCAGUCUUGGUGAUAUGCAACUGUCAAAUGAGAAGAACAAUCGUGAUGAUGAGUUUGAGCAUGAAAGUAAUGGUUACAGUAAAGAGGCUGAAGCCAGACAAGGCCAAGAUGACGAUUCAUAUGUUGCAAAUGACAAAUAUAAUGGAUACAAUUACGAUGAUGAAUGCAAUUAUGAUGAGGAAUGCGAUUUUGAAGAAUGA